UGCUCUCUUAAAGCCCCUCACCUCUCUCUCUCUCUCUCUCUUCUCAGUGGCACUACAAAGUCCAAACGCCAAGCGGAAAGUUGCAAGAGCCCUAAGUUCUCGCCCUUGCAUUACGCCGUGCUGGGUUCGAUCCAUUUGCCGUCAGCCUUCUCUCCGGACGGUUUCCCGGUGAAGAUUUUGGUUGCACAAGCAAUCCAUGUUCAGUUGAUGUGAAACCUGAGAUCUGGGCCAGAGAGACGCUUACUGCCUGGGUGGGAUACAUAAAUCCCUCAGCAGGAACUUCUCGCCGGCCCGCCAAGAUUUUACCGGUUAGAGUUGCGGGACCAUCUGCAGCAGAGGCGGGACAUUGUUUGCUUGUUCGACCCAAAACGAGGACCGUAGUAUUAUGGUGUUCUUCCUUGGCAGGAACUCAUGUUCACGGUGAGAGACUGGGGAUGGAGGAAGCCGGCUGCCUGAUCAGCACCUUGCGCGGAGUCUUUGUUGUGAUCAGUGGCUGCCAUUAUCCGCUACGCGUUGUAGGAGCGGCCAGUUGGUAGGAGGGCGAAGAAAUCAAUGGCUGCCGACUCAAGAAGAGUUGGGUAUCCCUCUUUCUUUUACCUCCUCCUCUUGUUUCUCCUCCUCUGCCUUCGGCCCUCUUCAUCCGACGACUCGGCAGCUCUCCUGGCACUAAAGAAAUCCGUCGACCCCGGGAACGUGAUCAGGUGGCCGGGACGCCGUGACUUCUGCGGGUGGCCUGGAGUGAAGGAGUGCGUCGACGGACGGGUGAGGAAGCUUGUGCUGGAGUCCCUGGGUCUCAAUGGCACCCUUGAUGGCGUCUCCCUGAAUGCUCUGGACCAGAUGAGGGUGUUGAGCUUCAAAGGCAAUGCCCUCGCCGGCCCUCUCCCGUCCUUCGCCGGCCUCUCCAACCUCAAGAGUCUGUUCCUCAACAGUAACCGCUUCUCCGGUGCCUUUCCAGUCUCUCUCACCGGCCUGCACCGCCUCAAGGUUAUCGUCCUUUCUGAUAACCGCCUCUCCGGCACCAUCCCUGCGGAGAUCGCCCUCCUCCCUCGCCUCUACAUGCUGCUCCUCGACGCCAACCUUUUCACAGGUAGCGUCCCCGCGCUUUCCCAGCCCACGCUCCGCUUCUUGAACGUGUCCAACAAUGAUUUCUCCGGCCCAAUACCAGCAACUCCGGCACUCAUGCAGUUCAACGAUUCAUCCUUUGCUGGCAAUCCUGGGCUCUGCGGGGAGGAAUUGGGACGGCCCUGCAUUCCCGCCAGGCCACCGGCAUCGUCACCGGUGGGCAAUAUGCCGAAACCUGGAGGGGGGCAUGGACGGCGGCGGCUGACCAGGGCCCAGCUGGUGGCGUGCAUCGUGGCAGGUAGUUUGGUUUUGCUGCUCUUGGUGGGCCUGCUGGCAUGGUGGGCUAGCAGGGGGCGGUCGCGCGGGUGCCCAUGCGAUCAAGUGAUUGGAGUGGUUGGCGGGAAGAGGGGAAUCGAGGAGGGAGGUGGUGUAGAGGGUGGAGGCGGGGCAGCAGGAGGAGGACGGAGGAGUCGCGAGAUUGGGGAAGUAGGAGACAGGGAAAAGAGCAGGGGCUUCCCGUGGGAGGAAGAAGGGAUCGGCAGCUUGAUGUUCUGCGGAGGGGUUCAGGGGAUGUACGCGCUGGACGAUCUGCUGAAGGCAGCAGCGGAGAUUCUGGGGAGAGGGACGAUGGGCAGUACCUACAAGGCGGUGAUGGAGAGCGGUUUCAUCGUCACAGUGAAGCGGCUCAAGAACUCGAGAAAUCCUGGACCGGAGGAGUUCGCUAGGCAGAUGGAAGCGCUGGGGCAGCUCAAGCACCCCAACGUGGUGCCACUCAGGGCCUACUUCCAGGCCAAGGAGGAGAGGCUGCUCGUCUAUGACUACUUCCCCAAUGGCAGUCUCUUCUCCCUCAUUCAUGGAACAAGACCCGCCGGUGGAAAGCCACUUCACUGGACGUCCUGCCUGAAAAUAGCAGAAGACCUAGCCACUGCACUUGUUUACCUCCACCAAGUCGCCGGCAUCGUCCAUGGCAACCUCAAAUCCUCCAACAUCCUACUCGGCCCUGAUUUUGAGUCAUGUGUCACCGACUAUGGACUGGCGGCCUUCAAGCCCGACGGACUCGAUGAAGGCUCCUCCGUCUUCUACAGGCCCCCGGAGUGCAGGGGCUCCAUGAAAAACUACACCACAAAAACUGAUGUCUACAGUUUCGGGGUCCUCCUGCUGGAACUCCUCACAGGGAAAACGCCCUUCCAGGAUAUGGUUCAGAAUCCCGGAGUGGAUAUUCCCAAGUGGGUUAGGUCAGUCCGGGAAGAGGAGACGGACUCCGGCGGCGCUUCGGAGGAUCAGGCGUCAGGAGCUGAAGGCUCCGAAGACAAACUGGUGGUCCUCCUCAACAUAGCAAUGUCGUGCGUCGGCCCGGUGCCGGAGAACCGCCCGGCCAUGAGGGACGUGCUGAAGAUGAUCCACGAGGCGAGGUCCGAUCCGCACGCUUCAUCAAACAGCAGCGACCACUCGCCGGGCAGAUGGUCGGAUACCGUCCAGAGCUUACCGAGGGAGCAAGGAUCGGAGCAUCUGAAUUUUACAGAGAGGGAUUGAAGCACUAAUUGGGGGGCUUUUAGCAAGAAAAAAGAAAAGGUUUGGGUUGUGCAAACUACCCCACUGUCGAUCCUUUACGAUUUGAAAUUUUGAAUUUGUGAGUGAGAGGGAAAUGAGAAAUAUGCAGUCCAACCCUGAAAUGUUUAUAUGGAAAUUCCGGGCUAUUGAUCCCUGAGGAAGCCUGUGCGUGUAUCAUAAUUUGACGAGUUCCGAAUCAUGUAGAUGACAUCUGUGUGGAAAGAAUAAAGUUUUUAUCCUUAAAAACUUGUUCUAA